AAAUUUCUUGAAUCAGCAAAAGUUAUAGACUUUGAUCAUCUUCCUUGGCUUUGUCUCUAGUGGGCGUGAUUAGUUUGAAAUUCGUGACUUUGGCGGGGCCUAAUGCAUGCUUUUCUCAACUUAAAUGAUUUAAUUGUUUUGUUAUGAUAUUUUGAGGUUCAUAAUUUUUUUAUUACCGUCAAAACAUUGUGGCUUUAAGCAGCAGGAAAGAUUCACGUGGGAAAUAUUAUAUGUACUAAUUCAUUUGUUCUUCUUUUUUUUUUUUUUCAAUUUACUAGUUUUUGGGUAUUCUAUAUAAGGUUGGUGCAAAGUUGGUUUUUUUUAGCUGAAUUGGCCUGAUUCCUGCUGCCAGGGAAUCGAUCAUAUGGGAUUCUGCAUUUUUCAGGUUGUUUAGCAAAAUGAUUCGAGUUUUGAGUGGGAAAUUUUAAUCUAUUUGGCUGUUCUACUUAGCUGGAGGAGGUUUUCAAAGCUUGCAGAAAUAGUAGAAGAAAAUUCAGAGGCAUGAGUCAACCUAAAAUUAAGCGUCGCGUGGGUAAAUAUGAGGUGGGAAGGACUAUUGGGGAGGGUACAUUUGCUAAAGUGAAGUUUGCCAGAAAUUCUGAGACUGGGGAACCUGUGGCACUUAAGAUCCUUGAUAAAGAGAAGGUUCUCAAACACAAGAUGGCCGAACAGAUCAAGCGGGAAAUAGCAACAAUGAAGUUGAUAAAGCAUCCAAAUGUUGUCCGUUUAUAUGAGGUGAUGGGAAGCAAGACAAAGAUAUUUAUUGUUUUGGAGUUUGUCACUGGUGGAGAGCUCUUUGACAAAAUUGUAAACCAUGGACGGAUGAGAGAAGAUGAGGCACAGAGAUAUUUUCAGCAGCUCAUUAAUGCUGUUGAUUAUUGCCAUAGCAGGGGUGUCUAUCAUAGGGACCUGAAGCCUGAAAAUUUGCUGUUGGAUGCUUAUGGUAAUCUCAAAGUUUCUGACUUUGGAUUGAGUGCACUGUCUCAGCAAGUCAGGGAUGAUGGUCUCCUCCACACUACCUGUGGCACACCAAAUUAUGCCGCUCCUGAGGUCCUUAAUGAUAGAGGCUAUGAUGGGGCAACUGCAGACCUUUGGUCGUGUGGCGUGAUACUCUUUGUGUUGCUUGCAGGUUACUUGCCUUUUGAUGAUUCUAAUCUUAUGAACCUCUAUAAAAAGAUUACAGCAGCUGAAUUCACUUGCCCCCCUUGGCUAUCGUUUGGUGCAAUGAAAUUGAUAACUCGAAUCUUGGAUCCAAACCCAAUGACUCGCAUCACCAUUCCUGAAAUUUUGCAAGAUGAAUGGUUUAAAAAAGAUUACAAACCUCCAUUUUUCGAGGAGAAAGAUGAUACGAACUUAGAUGAUGUAGAAGCCGUUUUUAAGGAUUCUGAAGAGCACCAUGUAAUGGAAAAGAGAGAAGAACAACCAACAACUAUGAAUGCUUUUGAGUUAAUUUCUAUGUCAAAAGGAUUAAACCUUGGGAAUCUGUUUGAUGCAGAACAGGAAUUUAAGAGAGAAACAAGGUUUACAUCUAAAUGUCCUGCUAAUGAGAUUAUCCAUAAGAUUGAGGAAGCUGCAAAGCCACUUGGGUUUGAUGUCCACAAGAAAAACUACAAGAUGAGACUUGAGAAUUCGAAAGCUGGGAGGAAAGGAAACCUUAAUGUGGCCACAGAGGUAUUUCAAGUGGCACCUUCUUUACAUAUGGUUGAGGUGCGAAAAGCAAAGGGGGACACAUUGGAAUUCCAUAAGUUCUAUAAAAACCUUUCAACCCGUCUUGAAGAUGUUGUUUGGAAAACUGAGGAGGACAUGAAAGAAGUAAAGUAAACGUGCGCCGGCCCAUGUUUCCAAGUGUAAGGACUUUGAUCUUCUGUCCAGCUGUUGUUAAAUGUUCCUCAGUUGCUCCAUAUAUUCAUUCUUUUUUCCCCUAUCUUUUUGUUUUCAGGAUUGUUUCCUUUUGUUUCUCUUUUCCUGUAUGAUUAAACAGCCAUGGUUUUUCCAAUUUUUUUCCAUGUCGUUAAUUAGUGUUGGAAAGCGUGGAUGAUUCCCAUGGAACACAAUGGUUUUGUUUACCCUUCUACACUAAAAUGUCGAUCAUAAAUGGUUAAUGAUAUUGAAUAGAAAAAAUGAAAACCUUUCUGUCUUCA